AGCUAAGUACACCUUUCUCGACCAUCUUCUCAGUUCUUCAAUACCUAUUUCCUUCUUCUUCUUCUUCUUCGCACAGCUCGAGAUACAGAGAGGCAGAGAUGGCGUGGUUGACGAGAUUCCUAGCGGCGGUGGCUUUCCUAGCAAUCGGAGUUGUAUUUUCGCCGGAGACCUUCGGAUCCAACUCCAAAACUUUUAAUGCGCCAAAUCUUUCUCUGUAUCUCAAAUUGGCUCAUCUCCUCUGCUACUCUACCGCUUGGGGGGCCUCUCUAUGGGUUACCUUCAUCGGCGGCAUCAUUAUGUUCAAGAAUCUGCCGAGGCACCAAUUUGGUAAUCUUCAAAGCAAGAUGUUCCCUGCCUACUUCUCAAUGGUUGGGAUUUGCUGUGCCAUAUCUGUUGCAGCUUUUGGUUAUCUACAUCCAUGGAAGUCUGCAGCAACUUCUGAGAGGUACCAGCUUGGGUUUCUGAUAUCGGCGUUUGCUUUUAAUUUGGCCAACCUGUUUGUCUUCACUCCAAUGACUAUUGAGCUGAUGAAACAAAGACACAAAGUGGAGAGGGAAAAUAACAUUGGCGAGGAAGUUGGAUGGACAAAGAAUGUAGAAGUUGCAAAGGUGAACCCGAAACUUGCAGCAAUGAACAAGAAAUUCGGUAUGAUUCAUGGCUUAUCAUCCCUUGCUAAUAUCUUAGCAUUUGGUAGUCUUGCAAUGCACUCCUGGUAUUUGGCAGGUAAGAUUAAUCUGUAACUCAAAAAUUUACCUUCCCAUUUUAUGGGAGGAGGAGUAAGUGUAUGACUGUAUCUUACUUCCACUAAACAAUUGUCCUGCUGCUCUAUCUCUUGUAGACUGACAUUAUCUUGUCUGUUUGGAUGGUUUGAUACAGAAAAAAGGUGGAAAAUAAAUAUGUUGUUUUGAUA